CACCGAGAGGGCAUGGAUGUCGAUAAAUUUCGAAUAUCCGCCGGUCCACGUCAUUUUGUCGUUGGAGACAACCACAACUUCGAUUCCUUUCCGUUUCGUCCGUCAAAGGCUCAAGAGGCGGUAAAAACGCCACAAGCGAUCUCUAAACACUUUAUCCCACUUUGAAUAUCCUCGUUGCGCUCUCAGUCAACUACUGUAACUCCCGCACAUCUCCCCUCCUCGCAUUUGCACCACCACAAACCCGCAAAGACUCUUUCGACAGUCUCUCACUAUGGCGGCCAUAGCGCCUGCGCGCGACGAUGUUUCACAGACUCACCCGUAUACCUGCAAUUCAUGCGCAGUUGCCUUUCGUAACAGCGAUGCCCAACGAACACACAUGAGGAGUGACUGGCAUAGAUACAACCUCAAGAGAAGAUUAGCCGAACUCCCCGCUGUGUCUUCGGAAGAUUACAACGAGAAGGUACUCGCUGCACAGGCGAGCAACAACGCAGCAGCUGCUCAAGCAGCCUUUGCCAAAAUAUGCACACAAUGCCAGAAGACAUACUACAGUGAGAAUGCUUUCCAAAACCAUCUUGCAAGCAAAGCCCACCGAAUGAGGGGCUCAACAACCAACGGCAAAAUCUCAAGAGAGAGGACUAGUGCGUCGGACGCUGCUGUAUCCAGGGUGGUCUCCUCCGCAGACUCAGAAGCCCGAGAUCCAGAGGCAGAAGCAGAGUUCGAACAGGUGGUGGCGGGUAUCAAGGACGCAUCCAUUCAAGAUCUCCCGGCCAUCACACGAAGACCAUCUGCUCCGGGCCCGGAUACUGAACGACGGGAAGACCAUCCCAUGUCACCUGAGAAGCCGGAGCUCUCCUCUAUUCCUCUGUCACGAUGCUUGUUUUGCAACUACGACUCCCCCAGCGUCAAACUCAGUCUCAUACACAUGACCAAGAUCCACAGCCUGUUCAUUCCCGAGCAGAACUACUUGGUCAAUCCAGAAGGCCUUCUGCGUUACAUGCAAGCAAAGGUGUAUCAGAACUAUGAGUGCCUAUUCUGCCACCGGCUUAGGGGGAACGCAGACGGUGCUCAGACACAUAUGAGAGAUAAGGGCCAUUGCAAGAUUGCUUUCGAGACCGAAGAGGAAAUGAUCGAAGUUGGUCAGUUCUAUGAUUUCUCAAGCACAUACUCGGAUGAUGGUGCGGGCGAUUCCGAUACGGAGAUGGACGCCUCGAAAUCAACACGGAACGGUGGAGUCAAGUUGGCAAAUGGUGAGAACCACGAGGAAGAUGGGUGGGAGACAGAUUCAUCGUUCUCGUCACUCGAUACCGAGGAGCUUGCAUCUGUCCCAAAUGACGACCGAACAUCAUCUUACCAACGCCUCCCUAUGCAUAGACAUCACUCGAAUACCGACCCUCGACCUCACAGAAACAUCGACGGAUUUCACUCUCACGCACAUAAUCAUAACCAUGCAGUUUUCUAUGACGAAUACGAAAUGCACCUCCCCAGUGGGAGAGUAGCCGGCCACAGAAAUCUGCGAAAGUACUAUAACCAGAACCUACACUCUUAUCCCACCGCCGCGGAGCGCAUGGAGCGGGCACAGCGCUUGAUCGAAGAAGGUAGCUCGGACGCAGACAUGGAGGAUGUUGGAGAUCUGCCGGCUACACCGCCUCGUAACAGCGUAAUGCGCCGAGGUGAAGCGGGCAUGGUUGGUACCACGAACCAACAACGCCGGGACGUUCGAUCUCAAGAGAUUCGAUCGAGGCAAAAAGAGCAGCGUUCUCAGAACAGGUACCAGGCGAAACUGGAGAAGGCCAACAACCACCAGAAACACUUCAGGGAUCCACUAUUGCAGUGAAUGCUCUCAAAAAGGAGUCCUCGGCAAUCUCUCAGUUGUCGUUCAGGAGGAUUCUGUUUGCGGCAUUCUCUCACUUCUUGGCUUAGCGAGCAUGUUUAUGGCAUACGACUAUGGUAGAGAAAAACCCAUCAUCAUAGUUAGAACUGGACUCGGAGAGGCGGCUUAGUCGCUCUAUCAACUGCGAAACGUGAUCGACGAACCGAUAUUCAAACUUGUGCAAUUCCGUACUUAGAAUCGAUAUUAUUAGAACGCAGUUAUACC